GUUUUCAGUCGAUUCUUAUAUUAACACCUAUAUGACGUUCCAAGCUACCAACAAAAUAACCAAAAGGACUCAUUCCCGCAAUACCAUCUAAUCAAAUAGUCAAAAUAUGGCCAGCUAUCUCAUUACCGGAUCCUCGCGGGGUCUCGGCCUUGCCCUCGUGUCCCAAUUGCUCUCCCUCCCCGCAUCGCAAGUCGCGUCCAUCUUCGCGACCUCGCGAUCAGCCCAGCCCAGCCCCAAUCUCAAAGAGCUCAUCGACCAGUCCUCCGGACGCGCCUCAUACGUGCAGCUCGACGUAAGCGACACAAUCAGUAUCCGAACAGCCGCGCGACAGGUAGAGCGCCAGCUGCAAGGCCGCGGUCUAGAUGUGCUGAUCAACAACGCGGGGAUCCAACCCGUGACAAAGGGGGGCGCAGAACACAUGGACAAUCUGAGCGACGCAUUCAACAUCAACGUGAACGCACCCCACGAAGUAACCCGUACAUUCCUUCCCCUUCUUCGCAAAGGAGAGCGAAAGGUCAUUACCAACAUAUCCACGACAUUGGGUUCCAUAAGCACGGCCUCGCCGUUCAUGGCGAAAUUGACCCCAGCAUAUAACAUCACCAAGGCGGCUUUGAACAUGCUGACUGUUCAGUAUGCACUCAGUCUUGAGUCUGAAGGCUUUACCAUUUUCUGUGUUAGUCCUGGGUGGUUAAAAACCGACCUAGGUGGACCCAGGGCGGAUCUACCGGUCCAGACUGGCGCCGAAGCAGUGAUGAAGAUCAUCCUCCAGGCCAACCACAGGGACACGAAUGGGAAGUUCCUCAACAUCCAUGUGCCGGGGUGGGAACAGACGCAGGGAUUCAAUCAAUAUGACGGGGCGGAGAUACCGUGGUAAUCUUGGUUAGAAUAGAGUUUUACAGUGUCGAUAAUCAAAAAUAAACCUGGACCCUGGAGGUCCCAGACCGGGAAAUCCAGACCAGAGUGAGUGGUGAUGUAGUUGUGGAUCCACCCCGGCGAUACAACUCGAUCGCCGCCUUCUGU